CUGAGUUUCACUUCCGCUUCCGGCGGGCGGGAAGUCUCAAGCUACAAGCGGCAGCCGGCACUCGGCUGUGGAGAGCAGAAAUGUCUGAAGAAAUAACUCAGCCAGUUCGGAAGCAGAGUUCGCAAAAAAAAGUUUCGAUCCUUGCUUCCCUGGAUGACAGUUUAAGUGGUAUGACAACAAGAGGACCGACAAUUCCCAGGACUCCAGGAUUAUUUCCUCACUCCUUUACUCCACACAGUCGAAGUUCCAUGAGGCAACCAAACAUGUCUGCCAUUCUGGGCCCAGAAGGAAGAUCUCCUUAUCUUAUGCAUACUCCUGGGCAUCUUGGAAAUCUAUCUGUGUUAGACGACAGCGACUGGACAACUGCACUCACACCUCCGCACUCAGUGAUGUUCACAAAUUUAGAGUACAGUGCAGCAGAAGAUGUCACUAAGAGUGUUGUUCUGUUGAAUGAGGAUGAUCCUGGGGAAGCAGCUACUAGGAGCAUGUACUCCGAUUUUCUGAAUUCUUUGUUAAAGCACACCUCAAAUACCGUUUUUGAACUUACAGAUGAAUAUGAAGAUACUUGCAAUAACCAGGUUAACAUUCUUCAAAAAUUAGUGAACCGAGCAGCUCCUGGACAGAAGUUUUUAAAAACUGCCAGUGUGUUGUGGCUUCUCAAGCAGGAGAUGGUAACGUGGAGACUGUUGUCCUCAAUUUACAGGGAUAGGAUACAGUCUGCUUUGGAAGAUGAAACCAUGUUUGAUAUUGCAGUUAUAAAUGCCAGUGAAAAGACUGCUGUAAACAACCUGUUUCAGAGGGAUUCAUUGGUUCGACAAAGCCAGUUGGUGGUUGACUGGCUGGAGAGUAUUGCCAAGGAUGAAAUUGGAGAUUUUUCUGAUAAUAUUGAAUUUUACGCAAAGUCUGUUUAUUGGGAGAAUACUUUGCACAUCUUGAAGCAGCGACAAUUAAACACAUUUGCUGGGAGCUCACGACCACUGGUGACUGAAUUAGAUCCAGAUGCUCCAAUACGGCAGAAAAAGCCACUUGAUGAUUUGGAUCGGGAAGAUGAUGCACGGUUGCUCAGAUUCCUGUUCACUCUUAUUAGAGCAGGAAUGACAGAUGAAGCCCAACGACUGUGCAAAAGAUGUGGACAGGCUUGGAGAGCUGCAACUCUGGAAGGGUGGAAACUGUAUCAUGACCCUAAUGUGAAUGGAGGAACAGAGCUGGAGCCAGUAGAAGGCAAUCCAUACAGAUGCAUUUGGAAAAUGAGUUGCUGGCGUUUGGCAGAAAAGGAGCAGUUUGACAAGCAUGAGAGAGCAAUCUAUGCAGUACUCUGUGGGAACCUAAAACAGCUUCUUCCAGUUUGUGAGACCUGGGAAGAUGCCGUCUGGGCCUAUUUCAGGGUUAUGGUGGAUACACUUGUUGAACAGGAAAUUCGUUCUUCCGUAAUGGCCACAGAAGAAACAGAAGAGCCCCCUAGAGAGUAUUUGGAAACCAACUGGACUUUAGAAAAGGUAUUUGAGGAACUUCAAGCUACAGACAAAAAGAGAGUCUUGGAGGAAAAUCAAGAGCAUUACCAUGUGAUUCAAAAGUUCGUUAUCCUGGGAGAUGUGGAUGGUUUGAUGGAAGAAUUUAACAAAUGGCUCUCUAAAGACAGAAACAAGCUCCCAGGGCACCUGCUUCGGUUCAUGACACACCUCAUUUUGUUCUUCCGCACUUUGGGACUACAGACCAAAGAGGAAGUGUCUGUUGAUGUUUUGAAAACCUACAUUCAGAGGUUAAUAUGUGAGAAGCACACAGAUCUAAUAGCAUUUUAUGUAAGCCACUUGCCUCAAGAUGUAGCUAUUGCUCAGUAUGCUGUGUUUUUGGAAGAUGUCACUGAGACUGAGCAACGGCACCAUUGCUUGGAGCUAGCAAAGGAAGCAGGUCUAGAAGUUGCAACUAUAACAAAAACUGUUGUCGAAAAUAUUCGGAAAAAAGAUGCUGGCGAGUUUACUCACCAUGAUCUUGCAAUAGACACAGGCACAACAAAGGAAGAUCGAUUGAAGAUCGACGUGAUUGACUGGCUCGUGUUUGAUUCUGCUCAAAGAGCUGAAGCACUUAAACAAAGCAAUGCUAUAAUGAGGAAAUUCUUGGCGUCUAAGAAACAUGAAGCAGCCAAAGAUGUGUUUAUAAAGAUCCCACAAGACUCUAUAGCAGAGAUAUACAAUCAGUGGGAAGAGCAAGGGAUGGACAGCCCACUUCCAGCUGAAGAUGACAACGCCAUUAGAGAGCACUUGUGUAUUAGAGCAUAUUUGGAAGCCCAUGAAGCCUUUAACGAGUGGUUUAAGCACAUGAACUCCAUGCCACAAAAGCCUGGCCAGCCAGCCCAACCGAGUUUCACUGAAAAAGUAGCCCAUGAACUUAAAGAAAAGAAAUAUGAGGUGGAUUAUGGUAUUUGGAAAGGUCUUUUGGAUGCUCUGUCAGCUGAUGUGAAAGAAAAAAUGUACAACGUCUUGUUGUUUGUGGAUGGAGGAUGGAUGGUUGAUGUCAGAGAGGAUGCUGAGGAUGAUCCUGAGCGCACUCAUCAGAUGACCAUGCUGAGGAAGCUCUGCCUGCCAACCAUGUGUUUCCUCCUCCAUACAGUCCUGCACAGCACAGGGCAGUAUCAGGAAGACCUCAGGCUGGCAGACCUGAUUGCCUCAGAUCGGCACAAACUCUAUAUGGUGUUUUCUAAGGAUGAACUUCGGAAACUGCUACAGAAGCUAAGAGAGUCUUCCCUUAUGCUUUUGGAUCAGGGCCUUGAUCCUCUUGGAUAUGAAAUUCAGUCUUAACUGUAUCUUUCUAGACAAUAAAAGUGUUUAAUGGUGGUGUAAGAAAAGGAGGACGAGAGUCUUUGAAUUCAACUUCCAAAGUGUGAAAUGGAAAUGUUUUAAUGAUGUUACAAUACAUUCACGCUAGUAUCUUGAAAUUUUGUAUAUGUAAAGUGACAACAGAUUAAAAUGUAUUUUUCUCAAUAAAA